CUUACCCUACCAUCAUUUUUUAGCAUUUGAAAGCUAGACCACAGUCAUUUCAUUAUAAUUUCCUUCUAUUCUAUAUCAUAAUUUGCAAUCAGCAUCAGCGUCCAUCAGCUCAAACACCAUCAUUUCAACCGAGCUUUUUCAGGAAUCAACAAGUCAAGAUGUGUUCUUCCCUUCCCAUUAUCCUAUCAAUGCUCCUCAUAGGUGCCAUCAACCCCACAACGGCAGAUGUUUCCAAUCAGCCCAAUCCUCAAACUUUACAAGGUCCGCCUGGCACGAAGCUCGUACAAACAUUUGUGAUGAAGGGAGCCACCGUCUCGUUUUACCAAAAGACAACUGUGGUUACCACCCAAUCAACUACCACACGCGCACGAGAACGGCGACAGGUUUCAAAUGAUCAAGACCCUUCUCUUGUUGACAAUAUUCCCAGCCUCAAUAAUGCCUCGAGUAUGAACAAUAAUGCCUCUACGUGUGCGAAUAGCACUGGCAUUAAUAAUGCAACCAGCUUUGAUAAUAGCACAUCAUCUGGAAACACUACUAGCUUUGACAACACAACCAUCUCUGACAAUGCAACCAUCUCUGACAAUGCAACCAUCUCUGACAAUGCAACUAUCUCUGACAACACUACCAGCUUUGACAACACUACCAGCUUUGACAACACUACUAGCUUUGACAACACUACUAGCUUUGACAACAAUACCAGUUUUGACAACCCAACCAGUUUUGACAACCCAACAAUCUCUGACAAUGCAACCAUCUCUGACAACACUACCAGCUUUGACAACACUACUAGCUUUGACAACACUACUAGCUUUGACAACACUACUAGCUUUGACAACACUACUAGCUUUGACAACACUACUAGCUUUGACAACACUACUAGCUUUAACAACACCACUAGCUUUGACAAUAGCACAGGCUCGAAUGGCACCAACCUUUCCCAGCCAACAUCCAAUCUCACCACCGUUGAUCUAACACCUGCGGAGCCUACCUCAUGGGACUGCUACGCUGGGAGCUUUCAACAGCCUUUGUCUGCCGAUUGUGAUGUAGUAAUCGCUGCUCAGCUGUACAAUUCUACUGGAAGCUUGACUGCCGCUCCCGGUACCUACGUUUAUGUCACUUACGGGACCUGUGUGACCGUAUUUCAAAACCCCGAGCUCUCCGAGUAUAGCCUUCAAUACAACUGGGCUGAACUCGGAAGCAUGGCUCAAAAGAUCAAGACGAGCUGUUUGGCUCCCGAGAUGAACAACAUUGGUGGCGCGGCCAUUUUUGACUCCUACUUGGACUUUUCCUUCAACGAUGUGAUGGUAUCGCUUCAAAGAUACGCCGACCCUUCGACAGCCACACCACCUUCAAACAUGACUAACAAUCAAAUUUGA